AUGUUCAAGCCCCACGGCGAUUUCGAGAAAAUCCAAGCAUCUCGACCUGACUUCAACCAGGAAACACAGGUCACAUUUACGAAGUCUCCCAACCCACAAUGGAAGCAGGGUGAUGGUGCAAAUGACAAUGGUGAAAGUCUGAAGAAGAACCAUGUGGAAAUCGACCCCUACGAAGAAGGGCGACCCUCUACCUCCAACUACAAGCUUUUGAUCUCUGGCAUUGUCCCUCGACCAAUUGCGCUCAUCAGUACCGUAUCCAAGGAUGGCCAGUCAACCAACCUGGCGCCUUUCAGCUACGCGAACGUGAUCAACCAUGAUCCUCCACUUUUCGUCGUCGGAGUCGCCAAACCACUGGACCAGUUCAAAGAUUCGUUGAGAAACUUGGCGGAAACAGAGGAAUGUGUGAUAAACCUCAUCUCCGAGCACUUUGUCGAGGCGGCCAACGCAACGGCCAUCAAUGCGCCGUACGGCGUCUCCGAGUGGGAAAUAUCUGGUCUGACUCAGGCACCUUCUACCUCUGUCAAGCCAGCCCGUGUGAAGGAGUCGGUCAUGUCGAUCGAAGGCAAGCUUGUUGAAAUUAAAGAAUUCGAAAGCAGAGCAACCCCAGGCAAGAAGACAGGAGCCUUGGCUAUCAUUGAAGGAGUUCGCUUCUGGGUGAGAGAUGACGCCAUCAACGAGGAAAAGAAUCUAGUUGACUUGAAGGUGAUGAAACCGAUCAGUCGACUGGGAGGAAUCUCAUAUGGGCGCGUAACAGAUGCGAUGGAAAUCCCAAGGCCGAACUUCUAG